UGUUCUGUGUGUUCUGUGUUUACCGGUACCGGUACCGGACUGACUGCAGCAGACUGAGCUGCAGGAGAACCGUUAGAGCUAACGUUAGCCGCUAGCCGCUAGCCGCUAGCUGAACUGAUGCUAGCUGUAAUCAGUUAUAAAGGUCUACCUCUGUCUAAAGGUGGACCUAGCUGUACUCAUGAUGAACUUUGACGGUCUCGACGCCGGGAUGGGUGAGUACCCGCCCAGCCUUCACGGGACUCUGGACGCGGGUAUGGAGCCCUCCAUGGACCCCCACCUGAACCCCAGUUUACUGCAGGCUGUGGAGCUGGACCCGGAGGGGCUGGCCGGGACGGGCCCCGAGCCUGUGCACCUCAUGGAGGGGAUGUUUUCAGAGCUACACAGUGCAGUGUCAGAAGUUGGCAUCCCGGUCACUGCAACACAUUUUGAUCUUCAGGAGGAAAUGCUCUGGAUGGGAAACCACAGAGGUCACGUAACCUCGUUCUUCGGACCUACAAUGGGCCGCCAUUCUUCUUUCCAAGCACAUGCAUCAGAUGACAUCCGACACAUUCAGAGUUUGGAAACAGGCGUCCUGUUCCUUUCCAAGUGUAACCUCAAAUGCCACACUCGCGGGGGCCUUGUUAUGUUUGAUUACCCGAUGGACGAAGGAGCUGAUAUGCACAGUCUCCUCAUGACCGACAACAACACCUUGCUCAUGGGUGGAUUACAAAACUAUGCAGUUGAACUUGACUUGAAUACAGUUCAAGAAACUCAAAAGUUCACUGUUGAGGUACCUGGAGUAGCAAUAAUGCGCCAAACCGGUCGUUUCUUCUUCUGCGGACACACUUCUGGCAGGAUAACCCUUCGGGACUUGCGUAGCUUCAAGACGGAGCACGAGUUCGACGCGUUCUCUGGCAGCCUCUCAGACUUCGACGUUCACGGAAACCUUCUGGCUGCGUGCGGGUUCUCCAGCCGAGGAUUGAACGGGUUGGCGUGUGACCGAUUCCUCAUGGUGUACGACCUCCGUAUGAUGCGAGCCGUAACGCCACUUCAGGUGCACGUGGACCCUCUCUUCUUGCGCUUCAUUCCGACCUACACGUCACGCCUGGCGAUCAUCGCACAGACAGGUCAAUGCCAGUUCUGCGAGCCCACCGGUCUCGCCAACAUGGCGGACAUUUUUCACGUCAACACGGUGGGCCAGCUGCUCAUGAGUUUUGAGGUAUCGUCCAGCAAACAAGCCUUGGCCUUCGGGGACUCCGGGGGAUGCGUGCACCUGUGGUCCGACGCUCCUGAGGUUUCAUUUAAUGACUACUCCCGGGAGACGGAGUUUGCUCUGCCAUGCCUCGUGGACUCGCUGCCUCAGCUGGACUGGAACCACGACCUGCUGCCCCUCUCGCUUAUCCCCACGCCGCUGACCAGCACGGAGCAUCUGCUGUCGGACUGGUCCGCUGCAACGGCUACACCCAGCCCCAGACGAGCUCCUCCUGUGGACCCAGAGAUCCUGCGCACCAUGAAAACCGUCGGCUUCAUCGGUUACGCAGCAAAUCCUCGUACCCGCCCUCGGAACCAGGUUCCUUACAAAAUUAAAGACGUGGAACUGGAUUAUGAUAACUACAACCAGGUCCCUGAAUCACCGAUCGGACGUGAUGAAGAGCCACACCUCUACAUGGUGCCCAAAAAGUACAGAAAGGUCACAAUUAAAUACUCUAAACUUGGACUGGAGGACUUUGACUUCAAACAUUACAACAGAACCUUGUUUGCUGGUCUGGAGCCUCACAUCCCCAACGCCUACUGCAACUGCAUGAUCCAGGUGUUGUAUUUCCUGGAGCCAAUCCGGUGUCUAGUGCAGAACCAUUUGUGCCAGAAGGAGUUCUGCUUGGCCUGUGAGCUCGGAUUCCUCUUCCACAUGUUGGAUUUGUCCCGAGGAGAUCCAUGUCAGGCUAGUAACUUCCUCCGAGCGUUUCGUACCAUCCCCGAAGCCUCGGCGCUAGGUCUGAUCCUCGCAGACUCAGACGAGCAAACGGGGAAGGCCAGACUCGGCCGCUUAAUCCAGAGCUGGAACCGCUUCAUCCUCACACAGCUCCACCAGGAGACGCAGGAGCAGGAGGGCCCGCAGGCCUACAGGGGAGCCAGCAGCAGUUCUCUGGGUUCCUCUGGUGAGUCCGCCAUCGGAAAACUGUUUGGAUGUGAAGUUGAGAACAGCAGUCUGUGUCGCUGUGGCAAGGAGACGGUCCGCUCCUCCCUCACGCUGCUCUUCACCAUGCAUUACCCCGAACAGAACUCUCAAGAGAAAACAAUAAAGGAAUACGACUUUGCUGAGAUCUUGAAGAAGAGCAUCUGUCUGGAGCAGAGCACUCAGGCGUGGUGUGAAAACUGUGAGAAGUAUCAACCCACAGUGCAGACACGCAACAUUCGAUGUCUUCCAGAUGUUCUGGUCAUCAACUGUGAGGUGAACAGUGCUAAAGAGGCUGAAUUCUGGAAGGUCCAGGCAGAGUACGCCUUCAAUAAGGCCAUGCAGAAAGAGGCGAUGGAACCUGCAAAACCUAAAGAGCCCCCCCCGCCCAUGCCCACCGAGUGGUGCUUGGACGGGGAGGACGGAUGCAGCAUGGAGGGCUUCACCUUUGACACGCGGGCGGAGGAUCUGCGACACGUCUGGAUCCCGAUGGCUCUCAAGAUGUCCAUCAGCAAAAGUCAGGGACUGGAGAUCGGCAGCUGGCCUGAAGGAGAGGAGUUAAGUGCUGCCGAGGAGGAGGAGGGCGCCUCCGUCUACGACUUGGUGGUCACGGUGCCUCACGUCCUGGACGCUCGUACGGGUGGCAACUUGGUCGCACACAUCAAAGUGGGAGAGACGUACCAUCAAAGAAAAGAGGGAGUCACACAUCAGCAGUGGUACCUCUUCAAUGACUUCUUAAUUGAGCCAAUUGACAAGACUGAAGCUGCUCAGUUUGAUGUGAGCUGGAAAGUGCCAGGCAUUCUGUAUUACGCCAAGAGGAACUACCACACCAAAUACGACCUCCGCAUUAAGAACCCCAUAGACGCCAGCGUGCUGCUGACGGAGGCCUCGCUGGCUCGGAAGCAGAGGAAGAGUCACGCCACUUUCAUCCCCCUCAUGGUCAGCGAGAUGCCGCAGGCCGGCGACUUGGUGGGGCUGGACGCCGAGUUUGUCACGCUCAACCAGGAAGAGGCAGAGCUUCGCAGUGACGGCACCAAGUCGACCAUCAAGCCCAGUCAGAUGUCUGUGGCCAGGAUCACCUGUGUGAGGGGUCAGGGGACCAAUGAGGGGGUGCCCUUCAUCGACGACUACAUCUCCACUCAGGAGCAGGUGGUCGACUAUUUGACACAAUAUUCUGGCAUCAAACCGGGAGACCUGGAUGCAAAGAUUUCUUCAAAGCAUUUGACCACGCUGAAGUCCACUUACUUAAAGCUGCGCUUCCUCAUCGACACGGGAGUUCGCUUCGUCGGUCACGGCCUGCAGAAGGACUUUCGGGUUAUUAAUCUACUGGUUCUGAAAGACCAAGUCAUCGACACCGUCUACCUGUUCCAUUUACCCCGCAAGAGGAUGAUUUCGCUGAGAUUUCUCGCCUGGUACUUUCUAGACCUCAGCAUCCAGGGGGAAACCCACGACAGCAUAGAGGACGCACGCACCGCUCUGCAGCUGUACAGGAAGUACCUGGAGCUGAGUCGUGGAGGGGGGAACGACGAAGUGAGGAAGGUCCUGAAGGGACUCUACGAAAAAGGCCGCCAGCUGGACUGGAAAGUCCCGGAGUCGGACGCAGGAGAUGGUCAAGGUAGCCCAAAAAGUGCUGCUGUGUUUCCCUCUGUGAUGGGGCUGUGAGCUGCACCGCGACACCGAAGACAUCCGCUCGUUCAGUUGGUCAGAUUUUGCAUUGUUUUGCAUUGUGUAUAUGAAGGUCCUCGUUGCCUGGACAGGCCACUUCAGCUCAGUGACUAAACAGUUUUAAUCAAUGUUUACUUUUCAUCCAGGAAAGGUUGUCAGAAAAGGACAUUUGUAUUGUAUGAUUUGGAGCCUUUUUUUAAAAAAUACAACAUGUUUUAUAAAUAAAUGUCUCAUGAGCACUA